AUGAAGUUCACGGCUAUUGCCGCCCCCAUUGCCUUUGCAGCCUUUGCUGCUGCGGCACCUGUUGGCACCAGUGAAGUUCAGGCUCGCUCAGAAGCUAUCGUUCCUCCUGCUUACCACCCUCUGAUCGACAAGCGAGAGGAGGCUAUUAUUCCUCCUCCCUACCACCCUCUCAUCGACAAGCGAGAGGAGGCUAUUAUUCCUCCUCCUUACCAUCCCCUUAUUGACAAGCGAGAGGAGGCUAUUAUCCCCCCUCCAUACCACCCUCUCAUCGACAAGCGAGAGGAGGCUAUUAUUCCUCCUCCUUACCACCCUCUGAUCGAUAAGAGAGAGGAGGCUAUUAUCCCCCCUCCUUAUCACCCUCUCAUCGACAAGCGAGAGGAAGCUAUUGUUCCUCCUGCCUACCACCCUCUCAUUGACAAGAGGAACUAAAAAUCGAGACUAUAUGAAGUACGAAGACUAUUGCAUAAUUUAAUGACCCAAGCUAUAGGAUACCAUAUGUUAUAGUAGGGAAAGGAUAGUCACGGUCAUAUAGAAAGCCAAAAUCUAAGAUAAAAUAUUAAAAGGUUG